AGAACAGAGAUAUAUUCACUAGCCAAUUCUGUCCCCAACGAUGGUCCUUGCUUUGGCCUUUCCGUAACCAGUCUUUAGUUCCUGUUUGACAAACUUUAUAAGGUGCUACAAGCAGAUGAUUUUUCACCAUCUACCAAAAUGUGGAACAGACAUUUUGUCUUUUAUCUCCUGAUUUUGCCAGCUUUUAUGAGUCAAACCAUCUAUGGACAAAGAAAGAAAGGAUCAAAGCCCAAUUUACUUGCAAGGAGAAAUGAUCUCCAGGACUCCACUUGCUUCAUAGAUGUUGUCUUCAUUGUGGACAGCUCUGAAAGUUCUAAAAUUGUUCUCUUUGACAAACAGAAAGAUUUUGUGGCUAGCUUGAGUGACGAGCUUUUCCAAUUGACCCCGGGUCGCUCCUUGAAAUAUGACAUCAAACUGGCAGCUCUUCAGUUUAGCAGCUCUGUCCAAAUCGACCCACCUUUUUCUUCUUGGAAGGAUCUACAGACUUUUAAGCAGAGGGUCAAGUCUAUGAAUUUCAUCGGGCAAGGUACUUUCUCUUAUUAUGCCAUCUCCAAUGGCACUAGGCUACUGAAGAGAGAAGGACGUAAAGGUGGUGUGAAAGUAGCUUUGCUGAUGACUGAUGGCAUUGACCAUCCAAAGAGUCCAGAUGUUCAAAGUAUUUCUGACGAAGCCAGAACUGAAGGAAUAUUAUUUAUCACCAUUGGACUUUCUACUGUAGUCAAUGAAGCCAAACUGCGUUUGAUAUCUGGGGAUUCAUCUAGUGAACCCAUUCUCCUGUUGAGUGAUCCAGCCCUUGUAGAUAAAAUUCGGGAUCGCCUGGACAUCUUGUUUGAAAAGAAGUGUGAACCCAAGAUUUGUAAAUGUGAGAAGGGCGACCCAGGCGAGCCAGGCCUUCCGGGUACCCAUGGAAACCCGGGUAUCAAAGGUGAGCGAGGACCAAAAGGAAACCCGGGUGAUGCUCAAAAAGGGGAACCUGGAGAAAGAGGCCCAGGGGGAAUUCCUGGGUACAAGGGUGAGAAGGGUGUACGUGGAGACUGUGGCAAACCAGGAAUAAAAGGUGACAAAGGAUCCCCCGGGCCAUAUGGAUCAAAAGGACCCAGAGGACCUCAGGGCAUUAGUGGACCUCCAGGGGACCCAGGCCCGAAAGGAUUUCAAGGCAAUAAGGGUGAGCCAGGUCCUCCUGGUCCUUAUGGUUCUCCGGGAGCCCCUGGUAUUGGACAGCAAGGUAUUAAGGGGGAGAGAGGCCAGGAAGGAAGAACAGGGGCUCCGGGACCGAUUGGCGUUGGUGAGCCAGGCCAGCCAGGUCCCCGUGGUCCCGAGGGAAUGCCAGGAGAGAGGGGCUUACCGGGAGAAGGCUUCCCAGGACCAAAGGGUGAAAAAGGUUCUGAAGGUCCAAUUGGCCCACAAGGACUACAAGGCCUGUCAAUCAAAGGGGACAAGGGGGACUUGGGACCUGUGGGACCCCAAGGACCAAUGGGCAUUCCCGGAGUUGGGAGUCAAGGGGAACAGGGAAUCCAAGGCCCUAUUGGUCCCCCUGGUCCUCAAGGACCCCCAGGACAGGGCUCACCUGGUUCCAAGGGAGAGAUAGGCCUGCUAGGACCUCCAGGCCCUAGAGGACCAGUGGGGAUUGGAGUACAAGGUCCAAAGGGGGAGCCAGGCUCAACAGGGCUCCCAGGACUGCCAGGCGUGCCAGGGGAAGAUGGAGCUGCUGGGAAGAAGGGAGAAGCGGGGCUUCCAGGAACAAGAGGCCCAGAGGGAGCACCUGGAAAAGGACAACCUGGCUCCAAGGGUGAUGAAGGAAAGAAAGGGAGCAAAGGAAAUCAAGGACAGAGGGGCUUUCCGGGACCCGAAGGGCCAAAGGGUGAGCCAGGGGUUAUGGGCCCUGUUGGGAUUCCUGGAGCAUCAAUUCCUGGACCACCUGGACCAAAGGGAGAUAGAGGAGGACCUGGAGUGCCUGGAUUUAAAGGAGAACCUGGCAUUGCUAUUCGAGGACCAAAGGGUGCCCAAGGCCCGAGAGGACCAGUGGGUGCUCCAGGACUCAAAGGCGAUGGCUAUCCUGGUGUGGCUGGACCUCGAGGAUUACCAGGACCCCCGGGACCAAUGGGUUUACGUGGAGUGGGAGACACUGGAGCAAAGGGAGAUCCAGGCGUCAGAGGACCUCCGGGCCCCGCUGGGCCUCGGGGCUUAGGAACCCAAGGGCCCAAGGGUGAUAUUGGGCAGAAAGGUUUGCCUGGCCCUCCCGGCCCCCCUGGCUAUGGAUUACAAGGAAUUAAAGGGGAGCAAGGACCUCAAGGCUUUCCAGGACCAAAGGGCAUGGCAGGCCGUGGCUUCCCAGGCCAGAAGGGAGAGCACGGAGAACGGGGCGAUGUGGGGAAAAAAGGCAAUAAAGGGGAAAUUGGAGAGCCCGGAUCACCAGGAACACAGGGGUUACAAGGACCAAAAGGAGAGCAAGGCCUUACAAAAGAAGAAGUUAUCAAACUUAUUGUUGAAAUAUGUGGUUGUGGGCCCAAAUGUAAAGAGACUCCGCUAGACCUGUUGUUUGUGAUUGACAGCUCAGAAAGUGUGGGGCCCAACAACUUCGAGAUCAUCAAAAAUUUUGUGAAGACUCUGACUGACCAGGUGGCUCUGGACCUUGCCACAGUCCACAUAGGCAUCAUCAACUACAGCCAUAAGGUGGAGAAGGUGGCUCCUUUGAUGGAGUUCUCCAGCAAGAAUGACUUCAAGCUGGCUGUGGACAACAUGCAGUACCUUGGGGAAGGCACCUAUACGGCCACAGCUCUCGAUGAAGCCAACCAAAUGUUUAAAGCUGCAAGGCCAGGUGUAAAGAAAGUGGCCUUGGUCAUCACUGAUGGGCAGACAGAUACCCGAGAUAAAAAGAAUCUGACAGAGGUGGUGAAGAAUGCCAGGGACACCAAAGUGGAAAUAUAUGUGAUAGGGGUGGUGAAGACAAAUGACCCCAACUUCAAAAUGUUCUACAAAGAAAUGAUUCUAAUUGCUAAUGAUAGUAAUCAUGUUUAUCAGUUUGAUGAUUUCAUUACCCUACAAGACACCCUGAAGCAAAAACUGUAAAAACAUUGUCAGGAUUUUGACUCCUACCUCAAUAAGUUUUGUCAUCACACUUCACCUGGAUUUGGGCUGUCAGGGGAAGAACUCAGCUCUUCUCCUGGGCCCCAGAUGGACAUUUUUAGCUCAGUCAGUAUCCUCGGAGCCCAGGACAAAGAGAAUGAGCCUCCAGAGCCUACCUGGGCUGACAGCCUGGCCACCACACCUUCACCUGAGGCUGCCACCAUCCAGGGGCCAUUGCGCAGCCCCUCUGAGGAUAGGACCAUGGGUCUGGAAGCUACAACUCCAAGCCCCAGUUUGAACUUACAGUGGGGAAAGCUGGUGCACAAAGACCCUAGGUGUUUAGAAGACCUAAAGCCUGGAAACUGUGCUGAAUAUGUGGUCCGAUGGUAUUAUGACCAACAGGUCAACUCUUGUGCCCGCUUUUGGUUCAGUGGCUGUAAUGGCUCAGGAAAUAGAUUCAACAGUGAAAAGGAAUGUCAAGAAAUCUGCAUUCAAAGAUGAGCAAGUAGGUCAACCUGUAAUGAGUCAAAUCUACAUCUCUAUCAACAAGUCUAGAAAGAACCACUAUAAUUUCAGCAUGUUCACCCAAUACGAAUAA